GUUCGAUCUUUUCUUGUGGCUUUUGUUUUUCGAAUAUAUACGUCACGAAAGGCUUUUCCUUUCCUCACUGCAAAGGUCGACACUGGAACUGCUCGCCAGACCAGCAAGAUGGAGGCGAUAGAAAGGAUUCUAUCCCGACCGGUCGCAAAGCCAUAUCGGUCUGGGAAACUCGAUCCUUCAGUCAAACCAUACCUCAACGAAAACGGCCACAUCGAUUUCCCGCCUGGUGACCUCGAAAAUCCAAAGGAAUGGUCGGUCCGACGUCGAUGGUUUUGCACCGUGAUAGCCAUCAUGCUCGUCGUCAACGCGACUUUCGCCUCUUCCAGUCCAUCUGGUUGUCUUCGGGGCAUCGCAAGGCAUUUCGAUGUCUCUGAAGAAGCCGCCGGCCUCGUCAUCACUUUGUUUUUGCUCGGAUACUGUGCCGGACCAUUGGUAUUCGCCCCAAUGUCGGAAUUCUACGGUCGGCGAUGGGUGUUUCUGGUGACCUUCACCUGCUACAAUGCUUUCAACUUCCUUUGCGCGUUCGCACCGAACUUUGCAUCUCUACUCAUCGGUCGCCUCUUGACCGGCACGUUUGCCAGCGCGCCUUUGACGAAUGCUCCUGGAGUGCUGGCCGAUCUUUGGGGUCCAGUUGAGCGUGGAAAUGCCCUGGCAGUCUUCUCGAUGAUGACCUUUGUUGGGCCGGCUUUGGGUCCGGUCGUCAGCGGCUUUCUGGAACUCAAGGAAGACUGGAGAUGGAAUUUUUAUGUCUUGCUUUGGUUGGGCGGUUUGACCGAAUUCUUGAUGCUCAUGAUUCCCGAAACCCUGCCGUCGGCGGUGCUGAUCAACAAAGCUCGAAGAAUUCGAGGCACCGGACUCGAGGAGCACGCCACUCUCAAAGCACCCGCUGAGGCGCAGGGCAGGAAUCUCAAAGACAUGUUCCGAAUCGCUCUCGUUCGACCAUGGCAGAUCCUCUUCGACCCUAUCUCUCUCCUGGUGGCGAUCUACCUGUCCGUGGUCUAUCUCCUGCUCUACAUGCUCUUCACCAUCUAUCCCAUUGUCUUCCAGCAAAAGCGAGGUUGGAACUCCGGCGUCGGCGAACUCCCCUUGAUCGGUACUGCCAUCGGAGCUUGCAUUGGUGGUGCCAUCGUCUUCUACACCUCAUCACGUGACAAGAAAAAGAUGCUGGCCGGAGUUGCUCGAACGCCUGAAGAUCGUCUACCUCUUGCUAUGCUUGGUGGGAUCUUGUUUGCCAUCACUAUGUUUUGGUUUGCCUGGUCUGGAGAGUAUAAUAGCGUGCAUUGGAUUGUGCCAACGAUCGCCGGCACGUUUCUGGCCACCGCCAUCAUGUUGAUUUUCGUCGCCUACCUGAACUACCUGACCGACACCUAUCUCAUGUACACCGCGAGCGCCAUGGCGGCAAACACCAUCUGUCGAUCUGCCUGUGGAGCUGCCGCCCCUCUCUUCACCCAGUACAUGUUCAAUGCACUCGGCGUUGGUGGUGGCGGUUCGCUAAUCGGAGGAGUGGCAUGUCUCCUGGCACCGAUCCCGUUCGUCUUCUACAAGUACGGCGAGCGCAUUCGACAAAGAAGCAAGUUCGCGCCGACUCCGCCGCCUAAGGCCAACGACGAAGAGAAACAAGACGGUGGCCACGAUGUCAAUGUACGAGGCUCCCCAAGCUCGAGCACAACCAUCAGCCUCAGCAGCAGCGAGUCGGGCUCUCAGUACGGAGACCACCAUCCCACGAUUGUCGAAAAACCCGAGGAAGAAGUUCCGAAUGUAAUAGCGGAGACUACACGGUAGUUUGCAACGAGAAUUACGCAAUAUGCAAUACGCAAAAACAAAUGCAUCUCAACCUCGAGCAAUACUUUAGGCCUGCGCCUGCAAUAACUAAUACCGCAAACGGCUGAGCCCACACUCGAUUCGACGAUAGUCGACAGCGUCUUUGACCACGGUCAUGGUAUGCUCGAGUGAUGACAUUUCAGCAAUCCAAUGCUAGAAACCCGGCACACGGGUUCUACGAUGCAGCCUUUUCCUUCAGAUCUUCGUACAAGCCAGUCGCAUGUGCAGGUGGCUACGGAGAUGGGCAUGCUUAUGUCCGAUCGAGGGAUGGAGCAUGAGACCAGUCUCAUGCUCGCAUAAACAACCGGCACUUCCGGCUGGGCUUCUCUUGGUCCUACACACCUUCACAAUUGGAAUUACGCGGGUACAAACCUGGCAUUGGCACAAAUAUCUCGUUUGUUCGGUGCAAAGACCUCCAUAGGACGCGGAAUUGAAGCGAGUGGAAUCCGGAUCAGUCCGCGAAACUUACUAAUACUGUCUGAAUCGACAUCUUCCCGUUUCGACGGAGAUAUCGGGAAUCGAGGAUGCGAUGAGGUGGAGCUCUCCAACAAUAGAUGCGCUAGAGAGGUCACGAUCUACGGCUGGAUGGGGCCUCCUACCACUUUGCACGGCUUUAGACAUGUACUCGGGGACUGAAAAAUGAGUAUGAUGUUGAGAUAGGUGAUGUUAUCAAGAGGUUGCUCUAGGCCAAUAAGGCGAUAUGCAGAUUAAGAUCGUCACAAGCAUACACAGGCAGCUACGGUUGCGGAACAUUGCGAAAGCAAUUUAAUAGUUACUUGGAAGUCUCAAUGAAUUGAU